AAUGCAGGCAUUUAUUCUUUUUCUCCAUGAGAAGAUGAUAGACAUAGUGUGGUGGCCACAAGAAUCCAUUCAAUGUCUCUGACAUUUCCUACUCCUCUCCUUCCCCAGCAGACAGGAGAGGAGCAUGAGGACUGAGAACCAGAGUAGCAUGUCUGAAUUCCUCCUCCAGGGGUUCCCUGUCUGGGCAAAACAGCAGGACAUUUUAUUUGCCCUGUUCCUGUGCAUGUACCUGACCACAUUGCUGGGGAACCUGCUCAUCAUCCUGCUCAUCAGGCUGGACCCUCACCUCCACACCCCCAUGUACUUCUUCCUCAGCCAACUGGCCCUCACAGACGUCUCCUUUUCCUCUGUCACUGUACCUAAAAUGCUGAUGGACAUACAGACUCAGGAUCAAUCUAUUCCCUAUGCAGGGUGUGUAACACAGACUUAUUUUUUCAUAUUUUUUGCUUGCAUUGAUAACUUUCUUCUUGUAGUGAUGGCCUAUGACAGGUAUGUGGCCAUUUGUCACCCUCUACACUACACUAUCAUCAUGAGGGAGGAGCUGUGUCUAUGUCUGUUGACUGGAUCCUGGCUCUUCUCCUGUGCCUAUGCCCUGACCCACACCCUUCUCCUGGCUCGACUUUCCUUCUGUGAUGACAAUAUCAUCCCCCACUUCUUCUGUGACCUUGCUGCCCUACUUAAGCUGUCCUGCUCAGACACCUCUCUCAAUGAGCUGGUCAUAUUCACUCUAGGGUCUGCAGUUUUCAUUUUUCCACUGAGUGGCAUCCUGAUCUCUUAUGGCCGCAUUGGGGUCUCCAUCCUGAGGGUCCCCUCUACUAAAGGGAUCUGCAAAGCCUUGUCCACCUGUGGCUCCCACCUCUCUGUGGUGUCUCUAUUCUAUGGGACAAUUAUGGCACUAUAUCUUUCCUCCUCAUCAAGUCAGUCCCAAGACAAAAGCAUCAUUGCUUCUGUGAUGUACACAGUGGUCACCCCCAUGCUGAACCCUUUCAUCUACAGCCUGAGAAACAGAGACAUGACAUUGGCUCUGAGGAUUCUUUUCAGAAAUAUUAACCUUUUUGUCAAGUGAGAAUCACCCAAUCAUAUUCUUAUUUCACUUAAUGCCCUUGUUAGAGAAGUCUUAAAAAGUUUGUAGUUGAGCAUCCAUGUCUCUAGCACUUUUCCUCUCUGUCCUUAAAAUGGUCAUUGUUAUUGGAUCAA